AUGGCUCCUUAUCUCUCUGUGGUAGAUCCUUCUAGACUUUGUCCUGUCUGCGACAUGGCCUUGAGGAGCAAUAUACUGUGCGUCAGCCUGCCUCACCAUAAGAGUGGCCUUGACCUGGAAGAAGCUUCCGAUCUCGGCUGCUACAUUUGUGGCACAAUUCGACACAGCAAUACCUGGUCGCGAAGAAUUGGAGAAUGCCGCUCAAGCUCUUUUGAGUAUGUUUUGAACCUGCAUAAUGCAGGUUUCAUGGACACUCUUGAGGGCCUGAUUAUCGGGAAAGCUCCAACUGGCUGUUGCUGGGCUUUUCAGCUUUGGAAAGACCCUGACCCUUCUUGCUUUUCUAUCUCCUACAAACCAUCUGCCUCACCCUACGACUCAGGGUUCAUUCGACUUGCCAAGGACUGGCUUGACUCUUGUUGCCAAACGCAUGUUAAGUGCCAAAAGAGCGGCCCAGACUACAAGCCAACAAGACUAAUUGAGAUUUUUGACGAAUCGCGCGUUCGCCUCAUUUUCCCGAAAAAUGUCUCUUCUGAUUCAAUUGAUUAUAUCGCAUUCUCCCAUUGUUGGAGGAAGGUUGAGGCGAUCAAGCUUCUCAAAGAGAACGUUGAUCGAUUCCGUCUUGGCAUAAGCAUCCAUGAUUUACCCAAUACCUAUCAAGAAGCCAUUCAGUUGUCCCUCAGAAUGGGCUUUAAAUACAUAUGGAUUGAUUCACUGUGCAUUAUUCAGGAUUCAUCGUUGGACUGGAUGCAAGAGGCGAAGGAUAUGAAGCGUGUCUACGAGCAUGCAAUAUACAACCUGUGCUCUGCUACAGCCUCUGAUAGUGCAGGUACCAGCUUCGUGGCCCGCCGUACAAGCCUCCUCCAGCCGCUGCGCGUUAAGCUUCAUGGCGAAGUAUUCCAAUUGCUGUGUGACGGACUCCUUCAGGACGAUAUAACGUACUGCACUUUGCGCUCCCGGGCAUGGGUUUAUCAAGAAUGGUACCUUUCCAAACGCUCACUCGUCAUGGGAUCACACCAACUUUGGUGGCAUUGUAAAGAAAAGCUGGCAUGCGAGUUAUGGCCGAUUGGAACACCGCAAGCCAAUAGGGGAAGAUGGUGGAGUCAAACUCAGCCCCUCAAGGAGUCAGCACCAUCUGAAGAUUCAGACGAUGUGGACGCUUGGAGCCAGCGUGUCAUGGAAUAUAUGAGAACUAGGCUGACGAGAGAAACUGACCGUUUGGUUGCCUUUUCAGGUGUUGUUCAAUCUUUCGGGCAGACACGUCAGCUAACUGAAGAAUAUCUUGGCGGCCUCUGGCGUUGUCAUCUACCAGCAGCACUCUUGUGGAAGGUCAGCUCUUCAGCACGGAGAUCAGCUACAUAUACGGCAGCGUCUUGGAGCUGGGCGUCUCUUGCUGGAGAUUGUCCUGUCAGCACUGAUAAGGGCUUGGCUCACGAACCUUGCUUUAUAACUGUCAAGCAGAUGAUGUCUCUUGGUGAGCCAGGGCCAGACGGAUUUCUGAUGGGCGGAGUAAUCACGCUCCGUGGCUAUUUGUUUGAAGUUGUCUAUCGAUCCGUUGGGCUGUUCCUGGGCAGAGCAGACUUCAUGAUUCCCGGAGACGAAAUGACAGGUGGUGAACUCUACCUUGACGAAGGGCCAGAAAAUGAUUCACUCAUCUCACACUUACAGGCACCUGAUCUCAACAACUUCAGCAAAUGGCUGGAAAAUAAGGCUGUGCGACUGGAAAUGCCACUCAAGGAUGCAAAAGGUCGUUUCUAUUUCUUACUGUUCCUUGAUAGGGGAGACGAAUAUCGUUUUCGUUUUCGAGGACUAAUUUUGUACCAACCUAUUGAUCAGUCAGAUUCUUUUUAUCGUGUCGGAUACAUGAAUUGGGGGAAACUCCCAGGGGCCGUCAACACUGAUGAACUCAUGGCAAAUUACACAAAAAGCACGGUGAGGAUUUUGUAG